UUUCCGGUAACGGUUGCUGUGUGAGUUUUCCAGGUGGGCGGGCGGACGGACGGAGUGAGGGCGUGAGUGUCUGUGUUCCCGGUGAGCCCAGCUAGUCCGGGGCCUCUGGCGAACAGGCCGGUUCCCCGGCACCAUCCAGCGCUGCAGUGGGCGGGAUUUCGCCUUCCGCGCUGCCUCCCUCGAUAUGGAUCCCCUGGGGGCCCGCUCCCCCACCGUCGACAUUCAGACCUUGCCGUGUUGGGCUCGUGGCCCGGAGCCGCUGCUGGAGACUGGGGUCGGCGGUGAGCUGCAGCCGGACACGUCCAUCUCCUCUCCUUUCCCUCACAGGAAAGAUAUUAACAACAAAGUUAUUCUCUGGAAGGGAGAUGUCACCUUGCUAAACUGCACAGCCAUUGUGAACACAAGUAAUGAAGUGCUGUCUGACAAAAACACUAUUAGUGAAAGUAUCCACUUACAUGCAGGACCAGACCUCAAGGAGGAGUUACAGAAAUUGAAAGGUUGUCGCACAGGAGAGGCGAAGAUGACCAAAGGCUUUAACUUAGCUGCAAGGUUUAUUAUCCAUACAGUUGGACCACGAUACAAUGCGAAGUACAGAACAGCCGCUGAAAGCUCCUUAUAUAGCUGCUACAGGAGUGUACUCCUAUUAGCCAGGGAGCAUUCAAUGUCAUCAGUAGGAUUGUGUGUCAUUAAUACACCAAAAAGAGGCUACCCUUUGGAGGAUGCUACCAAUAUUGCUUUGAGAACAGUUAGACGAUUUUUGGAGAAACAUGGAGACACUAUUGAGACUGUUGUUUUUGCAGUUACAGAUCUAGAAGAGGCCACAUACGUGAGGUUGAUGCCUCUUUAUUUUCCACGAUCUUUGGAGGAAGAAAAGAGGUCUCUACCAUUCCUCCCUGCCGAUGUAGGGAAUGCUGAAGGAGAGCCAGUCAUUGCCGAACGUCAGAUCCGUAUAUUGGACAAACCAGGCAUUCCUUCUCAUGAAGAUGAAUCUGAUGAGGAACACCUUGAGCUAGAGUAUAUUGGAACACAUGCAUUUGCUAAGAUGGAAGGAGAUAUUGAUAAACAGAGGCGGCUGAUUCUUCAAGGGCAAAUGUCUGAAGCAGCAGUUCAAAAAGCACAUCAACGAAACUAUAACCGGUGGUUGUGCAGAGCGAGAGCAGAUGACCUGUCGGGUGUUGCUUCAUUAAAAGCAUUAUAUCAAACUGGAUAUGAUAAAUGUGGACGUACAGUGGUGGUGAUCGUAGGAAGGAAUAUUCCUGUAACUCUAAUAGACCCAGAUAAGGCUCUACUGUAUUUUAUUCAUAUUAUGGACCACAUUGCUGCAAGAGAGUUUGUCUUGGUGUAUUUUCAUACUUUGACCAGUGAACACAACCAUCCUGACUCAGAGUUCAUCAAGAAAUUGUACGACAUUGUUGAUGUAAAGUACAAGAAAAACAUGAAGGCAUUUUACUUUGUGCACCCAACAUUUCGGUCUAAGGUGAUGACCUGGAUGUUCACAACCUUUUCUGUCUCUGGGUUAAAGGACAAAGUUCAUCAUGUUGAGAGCCUACCUCAGUUGUUUACGUUUAUUUCCCCAGAACAGAUUGAUAUUCCACCCUUCGUGUUAGAAUAUGAUGCUAGGGUUAAUGGACCUUACCAAUAUUCAUGCCCGUCCUCUCCCGACCUAUGAAAAAUCAGCAUGUCAUUGGUUUCUACAUCCAGUUUGUAUCAGGAAUUGGAUGUUCUAAAUGGAUGUUGAUAUUCAGGAGGCCUUUCUUCCUCAAUUUUUUCGAAAUUUUUGAAGAGUAGCAAUCAACUUACAAUUGCACAGCAGUUGCCUUUAGAAUGCAAAUAUUUUACUAUUUUUGUUUAAUUUUUAGAAUCAUGUGUUUUGAAUUCUGAUACAUGUGUUAUUGAUUCCACUAGCUAAGGCUUGUCAAUAUAGUCAAAAUCCUGGAAGAGUAUGGUGGAGGCUUAACUUUGUUCUGAGGAUUUGCAUUGUGAAUUUGAGAUAAAAGUGUAGAACUGAGGGAACACAGCAGGCCAGACAGCAUCAGAAAAACAGGAAAGCUGACGUUUGGGAUCAGGAUCCUUUUUCAUUUUCUGAAGAAGGGUCCUGACGCACAAUGUCAGCUGUCCUGUUUCUCUGAUACUGCCUGGCAUGCUGUGUUUCGCCAUUCCAUACUUCUGACUUCAGCAUCUGCAGUUCUUGCGGUAUCAUUAUGAAUUUAUACAUUUUAUUACUUUUAAAAUUUGUGCCUGGUAGUGUAAAAUAUAUAAUAAACCUUUGAUAUAUACAACAUUUAUCUGAGUGCAGGAUAAAUAAUAUUUUGACAUUUUGUUAGGACAUAGAAUAUUUUUUCAUCAGUUUUUAGUAAUGAUAACUUACAAAUGACUUAAAAGUAUAUGUAAUUAUUCGAAGCCUAAAACAACCACAUCAAGCUAUGCCUGAAUUGGAAAAGAAAUGAAGUGAAUUAAUCUGUAAUCAUAAAUAUCUCUGCUCAGUUGUAAUGUAAACAACUGAAGCUAAAGUGAAUGUCCUGCAAAAUUAAGGUCAGCAGUUAUCUGUACGCUAACGUUUUAGUGUGGUAAAGUAAUCUUCCAUUUCUCACACUUCCUCACAUUUUACACUGCAAAUUGCAAAGGCAAUUAUUCAGCCUUGAGACACAUUAAUACAUUGGUAAAUAAACAAAGUCAGAAUUAACUUUUUGGGAAAAUGUAUAAAGAUUUCACUACUGGAAAGUUUCAUCUAUAUUUAGUCAUUCCUGCUCAAAACAGUUAAUCUAGUAUAUGAUAGUCUUUAUUUCAUGAGUGAUUGUCAGUAAGUUUUGACUUUGUGGAUUGUUUCCCAGACAAUUCCUAGAUAAAAUUGCAUUGAAUAAUUUUGCUGUGCAACAAGACAUUAAUACUCAACUUUUUUAUUGUAUUGUCUUACAAUUCUUUCAAAAUAGUUACUUUAACAGUUUUUGAGUGGCAUUCAAAUCUUAAAUUAUUGAACUGCAGUUGCAGCUGCUUAACAGUAGGCACUAUUACCUGUAUUAAACACAAUGCACAGUAACUUUUAUUUGCACAAUGAUGCCUCAUUUUAAAUCUUUGAUUCACAGCAUAUUUAGAAAGGAGAAAUCUAAAAUGCCUCAGGUACUUUAUCUUCAGGAGUUUAGUUACUAUGAAGCAUAAUCAAAACAUGCUGCAUAGUUUAAAUUGUUCACUGAUUUUCGAGCAUAAAGUUAAAUGCUCAGUGCCAGGUUUGAAUUCAUUCCUGGCUGGUAGGAUGAAAGUCCAUGCUACAUCCUUUCAGCUGACUACUGGGCAGAACUUAGUCGCAUAAAAUAAAUUAGGUACUCAUUUUGGAGCUUAGUUUCUUAAGUCACUCAGAACAAAAUGGUUCUGCAAGUUUCACACUGUUCAACAAGAAGCUCAAAUAAAAUUAGGUUUAAGAUGCAUUGUUUCUGACCAGAGGACAUUUUUUGUCUAAAGAUUUAGAGGAAGUCUUCUAAAACUUAAAUAGCAUCAUACUGUUCAGAGGAUUGAAAAUGUGUUUUAUUUUGUUAUUCCAAUCAACAGCUAAAUUUGUCCCAUCCAUGUUGUAAAUAUCCUUUGUUUACAAUACAACUGCAAAUACAUAUGUAAAAUUAGUGAACCACUGUAAAUUAAGAGCAUUUAUUUUAUCUUUUGUAUAUUGAAUAUUUUAACUUCUGUUAUGGUAAUGUUUCCACUUUGUUAAUUUAAGAUCGUACAUUUGUUUUAUGGUCGCUUUAAACUUAAAAUAAGCUAUUCUGUGCUGAAGCAGUUUGAAAUUGAGGGCCUUGUUCCUUUCUUUUAGAUAAUAGUAGUUGGUUCUUUUGGGUUGGAAAAUGAAUUGUGUUGCUCUGAGGUUGUGAUUCAUCGUUUUCAUUGAAGAACAUAAAACAGGCCAAUGAAUGUGAUUUUGCAUGAUGGCCAGUAUCAACUUUUCAGUUGAGUGGAAUUCCUCCUGCCUCUCUGGGAAAGAGUUUUUUUUUUUAAAAAAGGUCCCUUCUCAACUCUGAGACAAUUUUGUAUUUUAAUUUGUAAUUGUAAACAAUUUUGAUGCCAACAUGUCUCCAAGUGUACUGACAGUUGUGGCUUUGAGUAAGUGUGUUUCUCCUAAUUUGAAAAGCACAAAUAAUGUGCAUUUUUUUGAGGUAAUAUAAUCAGUAAUAUUCUUGGCAGUAAAUCCUGACAGUUCUAGUUUGUGAUUCUAUGUAUUUUAGGUUUUUUUCCCAUUUUAAGAGGAACUUGGUCUUUCCUUUAAUAUAAAUCUUAAUAUAAACAUUUUUGCUGAAUUAGGAGUGAACUGCAAACAGUGGAAAGUCCAAAAGAUGGAUGUUCUUUGUUUAAUCACUUACUGCUUAAUGCACAACCUUUAUACAAAAAUGUACAAAAAGCUCAGCAUGUUUUUUAAAAAAAUUCAUAGUUUAAUUCAUUUAGCCAAUCUUCACACUAACUGUUAAUUGCUCUGUACAUUUAUCCAAAUUUGAAAUGUCUUUUUUUCCACUUAAUGUGUUUGCACCACUAUCGAAAUAUAUUCUAACACUGAAGUAGAAUCUUAUCUUGUGCAUUAUAUGAGGGAGCUAUUACCUCAAAGGAGCAUUAAUUUCCAAUUUCUUUUCAAAGUCAAAGAUAUUACUAUGGGAUAUCACCCUUUCAGGAAAGGGCAAAGAGAACAAUUACUUUGAGAAUAGUGAGCCUUGAGGAAUGGGGAAAAAUCAAUUGUUCAAAGUACAGACUAAUAUUUUAAUGUCUUAAACUCUAAAUACUAUACAAAUUAUUUUCAGUGGCACACCUUCAAAAUAUGCAUUUGAAUAAAAAGCAGAGAAGUUUGUUUAAAUUGUAGUCGUUAUCACAAUUUUGAUGCAAUUCAAAGUAUCCUAAAACAACUGACAUUCAGCAGCAAAUUUGUUCAUUGCAAACGUUACAGAAUAUGAGCUGCUUAAAUUCAAAGAGGAUACUCUCACUGGUCAUAAUAUGAUUGUUGACUUUGAUUCUGCAUUGUAAAAUAAUAGUCAUUCACUUGAUAUGCUUAACAAGAUUGAACUGUUUCACUUUCUCCCCCAUGAUACUUGGAAACAUCUUGCUGCUUUCUUUAGCAUUCAUUUGGAAGGAGAGGACAAUUGUUCAGCAGUAUGGAAAAGAACUGGUUCACCUACUUAGACCUAGCCAAAUGCUGUUUGUGCCAAAAAGUUUGAAUCUACAAUCAGUGUUGUAUGGUGAACAAUACUGAUGCCAGGUCACUUACAUAUGCAAAGUCGUACUUACACAUGCAAGCCUCUUCCUUUUAUUUGUCAGUUUAAAUAUUUAAUGCUUGGAGUUAAACCUCACUCACUAAUACAUCUCAUGGCUCCCCACAAUUGUUCAUGUAUAUGUGUAUUAGUUUUGCUUUCAUUUGUGUUAAAAUUGGUUUCACUUCAUGUUUCUUUUGGCAAGUACCAAUGCAUUCAUCUUGUAUUUUAGAGAUUAAAAACUUGUUCUAUAUGGGCAGAAAGUUUUAUUUUAAGUUAAUAAAACACUUAUCAAUCAUAUAUAAACAGUUGUUUUUCUUUAAAGUAUGUAGAUGUGUGCUCACUGCAAGGGAAUUAAAUGUUAUUGGGGUAAAUUAGGAAUAUGGACUUGAGGUUAUGGUCAUUGCCUAUGAUCUUAUUAAAGAAUGAAGCAGGUUCAAUAGGCCAAUAGUCUGUCUUAUUUUCAAUUUCCUAUUUCUGGUUACCCAAUUAAUUCUCAAUUUGCAUGUCCCGCAUGAAUCAUUUCAAAAAUUUGAAUCCAGAUUCUAGCGGACCCAAAGUUUGGGAUGUCAUCCACAUAGCCGACCCAAAACCAACGGUACACCCACGGGAUCUCCGAUAUCAGGGUUCUUAGCAGAGGCAGUAAUGCAGAGACUCGAACAAACAACUCUGCCAAUCAUCCAGCCCAAACUUUGGGUCCGCUAUGUGGGUGACACCUUUGUCAUCACUAAACAAAACAAAUUAGAGGAAACAUUCAAGACCAUCAAUAAUACCCUUACUGGCAUAACAUUCACAAAAGAAUAGCUAGUGCUAUUCGGGUGGAUUUAAACUAGCUCAGAAAGGGGAUGGGAAACUGAGGUGUAGUUCCAGUACACAGGAGGAAGAGAGUAGGAAGGAAGGAUCUCACUGUCACAGGAGUGUGCUGGCAGACAGCAAGCUGGUUUGAAGUGUGUCUACUUCAACAACAGGAGUAUCCGGAAUAAGGUAGGUGAGCUUGCAACUUGGAUAGGUACCUGAGACUUCAAUGUUGUGGCCAUUUCGGAGACAUGGAUAGAGCAGGGUCAGGAAUGGAUGUUGCAGGUUCCAGGGUUUAGAUCUUUCAUUAAGAUCAGGGAAGGUGGUAAGAGAGGGGGAGGUGCGGCUUUGUUAAUCAAGGACAGUAUGACGGUGGCUGAAAGAACUUUUGAUGCGGACUCGUCUACUGAGGUGGUAUGGGCUGAGGUCAGAAACGGGAAAGGAGAGGUCACACUGCUGGGAGUUUUUUAUAGGCCUCCGCAAAGUUCCAGGGAUGUGGGGCGAGAGGAUCGGCAAAACUAUUCUGGGCAGGAGUGAAAAGAACAGGGUGGUCAUUAUGGGAGACUUUAACUUCCCCAACAUUGGCUGGAAAUGCUAUAACUCUAGUACGUUGGAUGGAUCAGUUUUUGUCCAAUGUGUGCAGGAGGGUUUCCUGACACAGUAUGUCGAAGGGGUGACAAGGGGGGAGGCCACGCUAGAUCUGGUAUUUGGUAAUGAACCAGGCCAGGUGUUUGAUUUACUGGUAGGUGAACACUUUGGACAGAGUGACCAUAAUUCGAUUAUGUUUACUUUAGCAAUGGAAAGGGAUAGGAACAUGCCACAGGCCAAGAGUUAUAGAUGGGGGAAGGGCAAUUAUAAUGCAAUUAGGCAAGACGUAGGAGGCAUAGAAUGGAUUAGCAAAAUGCAGGGGAUGGGGACGAUUGAAAUGCGGAGUUGGUUUAAUGAACAGAUAUUGAGUGUCCUUGAUAGGUCUGUCCCUGUCAGGCAGGGAGGAAGCGAUAAGGGAACCAUGGGUUACUAAAGAAAUUGUAUCUCUUGUUAAGUGGAAGAGGGAGGCUUAUGUGACGAUGAGACGAGAUGGUUCAGAUGAGGCGAUGGAGAGUUACAGAUUAGCUAGGAAGGAAUUAAAGAGAGAGUGAAGAAGAUCAAGGAGGGGACAUGAGCAGACAUUAGCAGGUAGAAUAAAGGAGAACCCUAUAGCUUCCUAUAGGUAUGUGAGGAAUAAGAGGAUGACCAGGGUAGGAAUAGGGCCAGUCAAAGACAGAAGUUGGAAGUUGUGUGUGGACCCUGUGGAGAUCAGAGAGGUGCUAAACAAAUAUUUCUCAUCUGUUUUCACUGAGUAACAGAAAAAUAUUGUAGAGGAGAUGACUGAGUUACGGUCUACUAGAAUUGAAAGGAUUAAGGUUAGUAAGGAGGAGGGGUUAUCAAUUCGAGAAGGUGUAAAGGUGGAUAAAUACCUUGGGCCGGAUGGGAUUUUUCAGAGGAUUGUCUAGGAAGCUAGGGAGGAGGUGGUGGAGCCUUUGGCCUUGAUCUUUGAGUCCUCAUUGUCUACAGGCUUAGUACCAGAGGACUGGAGGAUUGCAAAUGUUGUGCCUUUGUUCAAGAAGGGCAGUAGGGAUGACCCAGGUAAUUAUAGACCUAUGAGCCUUACGUCUGUUGUAGGAAAAAUUUUGGAAAGGAUUAUAAGAGAUAGUGUUUAUAAUCAUCUAGCAAGCAACAAUUUCAUUGGAGAUAGUCAGCAUGGAUUUGUCAAGGGGCAGGUCGUGUCUCACAAACCUCUGAGUUUUUUGAGAAGGUGACCAAGCAUGUGGAUGAGGGUAGGGCAGUUGCCGUGGUGUACAUGGGCUUCAGUAAAGCCUUUGAUCAGGUUCCACAUGGUAGGCUAUUGGAGAAAAUACAGAGGCAUGGGAUUGAGGGAGAUUUAGCAGUUUGGAUGAGAAACUGGCUUUCUGUAAGAAGGCAACGAGUGGUGGUUUAUGGAAAAUAUUCAGCCUGGAGUCUGGUUACUAGUGGUGUACCCCAAGGAUCUGUUUUGGGUCCACUGCUGUUUGUCAUUUUUAUAAAUGACCUAGAUGCAGGCAUAGGUGGAUGGGUUAGUAAGUUUGCAGAUGACACUAAAGUCGGUGGAGUGGUGGACAGUGUGAAAGAAUGUUGCAGGAAGACUUGGAUAAACUGCAGCAUUGAACUGAAAGGUGGCAAAUGGAGUUUAAUGCGGAUAAAUGUGAGGUGAUUCACUUAGCGAAGAAUAAUAGGAAGGCAGAAUACUGGGUCAAUGGAAAGAUUCUUGUUAGUGUGGAUGUGCAGAGGGAUCUUGGUGUCCAUGUACAUAGAUCCCUGAAAGUUGCCACCCAGGUUGACAGUGCUGUUUAGAAGGCUUAUGGUGUGUUAGGUUUUAUUGGUAGCGGGAUUGAGUUCUGGAGCCGUGAUGUCAUGAUGCAAUUGUACAAAACACUAGUGUGGCCUCAUUUGGAAUAUUGUGUGCAGUCCUGAUCGCCCCAUUACAGGAAGGAUGUGGAAACAUUGGAAAAGGUGCAGAGGAGAUUUACCAGUUUGUUGACUGGUCUGGAGCGAAGGCCUUAUGAAGAAAGGUUGAAGGACUUGGGUCUGUUCUCAUUGGAGAGAAGAAGGCUAAGAGGGGGAUUUAAUAGAGACAUACAAGAUGAUCAGAGGAUUAGAUAGGGUGGACAGCGAGAGCCUUUUUCCGAGGAUGACGACGUUAGCUUAUACAAGGGGGCAUAGCUACAAAUUGAGGGGUGAUAGAUUUAAGACAGAUGUCAGAGGCAGGUUCUUUACUCGGAGAGUGGUAAGGGCGUGGAACGCUCUGCCUGGCAAUGUAGUUAACUCAGCCACAUUAGGGGCAUUUAAACAGUCUUUGGAUAAGCAUAUGGAUGAUGAUGGGAUAGUGUAGGGGGAAUAGCUUAGAUUAACUCACAGGUUGGCCCAAAAUCGAGGGCCGAAGGGCCCGUUCUGUGCCGUAUUGUUCUAUGUUCUAAACUAAACUAAUCCCACCUGGCCCAUUUCACUCCAAACCUUUCCUAGCCAUGUAUGUAUCCAAAUGUCUUUUAAACAUCGUAAUUGCGCCCAUAUCCACCACUUCCUCAGCAAGUUCAUUCCUCCAGUGAAACAUCCUCAGUGUAAAAAAUCUGUCCCUCAUGACUUUUUUAAAUCUGUCCCCUUGUCCUGAAAUUCUCCAUCCUAGGGACAUGACAACUACCAUUAACUCUACCUCUACCCCUUAAUAUUUUAUACAAUUCUAUCAGGAUGCUGCUCAACCUUCUAUUCUCCAGUCAAAAAUGUCCCACCAUAUCCAACCUUUCUUUAUAACUCAAACCUUCCAUACCCAGCAACAUCCUGAUAAAUCUCUUCUGAACCCUCUCCAGCUUGAUAAUAUUCUUUCUGUAACAAGGUGACCAGAACUAUACGCAGCGUUCCAAAAAUGGCCUCACCAAUUUCCUGUAGAACCUCAACACAACUUCCCAACUCCUACAGCCAAAGGACGGAGCAGUGAAAGCAAGUGUGCCAGACACUUUUUUAACCAUCCUGUCUAUGUGUGACACAGACUUCAAAGAAUCAUGCACCUGCAUUCUAAGUCCCUCUGUUCUACAAGACUACCUAAAACCCUACCAUUAAUUGUAUAAGCCCUAUCCUUGUUACCAAAAUGCAACACCUAGCAUUUAUCCAGAUUGAACUCCAUCUGCCAUUUUUCAGUCCAUUGACCCAUUUGAUCAAGAUCCUUUUGCAAUCUUAGAAAACCUUCUUAACUGUCUACUAUGCCACCAAUUUUGGUGUCAUCUGCAAACUUAUUAACCAUUCCUCCUAUUAACUCAUCCAAAUUGUUCACAUAAAUGACAAACAAAAGAGGACCCAGAAGCAUUCCCUCUGGAAUACCACUGGUCACAGGCCUCCACUCCAAAAAGCAACCCUCCACCGUUACUCUCUGUCAAUUAUGUAUCCAAUUGGCAAGUUCAGACUGAAUCAGAUGUGACCUAACUUUACUAAUAUUGUGAGCAAUUUUGGGCCCAUACCUCAGGAAGAAUGUAUUGGCCUUGAAGUGGGUCAAGAGAAGGUUCAGAAUAAUAAUCCAAGGAAAGGACGGCUUAAGAUAUGAGGAAAGUUUAAGGACUCUGGGUCCAUACUCGAUGAAAUUUAGAAAGAUGAGGAGGAGAUCUAAUUGAAACUUACAGAAUACUGAAUGGCCUGAACAGAGUGGACAUUGGGGAGAUGUUUCCAUUGGUUGGAGAGACUAGGACCUGAGGACACAGCCUUAGAGUAAAGGGAAGACCCUUUAAAAUUCUUCAACCAGAUAUUGGUGAAUCCAUGGAAUUCAUUGUUACAGAAGGGUGUGGAGGCCAGGUCAUUGAGUAUAUGUAAGACAGAAAUAGAUAAGUUCUUGAUUGUCAAAGGAGAUCAAGGGUUAUGGGAAGAAAGCGGGAGAAUGAGGUUGAGAAAUAUAUCAGCCAUGAUUGAAUGGUGGAGCAGACUCGAUGGGCUGAAUGGCCCAAUUUCUGCUCCUAUGUCUUAUAGUCUUAUGGUCUAAUUAGUCUAUCAUGCAGAACCUUGUCAAAGACUUUAUUAAAAUCCAAAUAAACAACAUCUACAGCUCUGCCAUCAUCAAUCUUAUUGGUAAUUUCCUCAAAAGUUUGUGAGACAAGAUUUUCCUCAUUCAAAACCAUGCUGACUAUCUCUAAUCAAUUUGGUUGAGUUGCAUUUUGGUUCAGUUGCCAAUGUCUGAUCACUGCCCUUCGAAGCAUCUAUUUGAUGUAAUUUCAACAGAUUAUUUCUUUGUUUUGAGUUCUGCCAUGAGUCUAGGCAGCCCACGUAAACUUUCCACUGGCUGCGGAGAUAUUAGGAACUGCAGAUGCUGGAGAAUCUGAGAUAACAAGGUGUAGAGCUGGAUGAACACAGCAGGCCAAGCAGCAUCAGAGGAGCAGGAAAGCUGACAUUUCGGGCAAAGACCUUUCCUCAGAAAUCCUGAAAUUCUGAAGAAGGGUCUAGUCUUCCUGCUCCCCUGAUGCUGCUUGGCCUGCUGUGGUCAUCCAGCUCUGCACCUUGUUAUCCCUUUCUACUGGCUGUCCCUUGAUCAGUCAGUUGAUCAUGAUUUGUUGCUGGACUGGCGUUUUGAACACUGAUUGCUUCUGGACCAAUGAUCUGGCAAAUAUAUGAUUCUGGAUCAGUUAUUCUCUUACAAUUAAUGGAAUUCUUACUGAAUUCUUAAGGAAGUUAAGGACUAAAAAUGCGUGCUGACUCAAAAGUAAGGCAUGUUGAUUGAAAACUACAUACUCAUUUUCACCUGUCUUGUUCUGCACCAUAACUUGCAGCAUUUCUAUACUGCUGACAGUUACUCCACUCACCUCAUGAAGUAUCAUAUCUGUAGGCUGGGCCACCUGCUUCUUCUACCAGAAUAACUGGUCUGAAAAGAUGAUGGCCUUGGCAUUAGUAUCAAUCUUAAAUUCAGGAGGCUAUCUAUUGAUGCAAACAUGUUCUGUGAAUGCAUUUAGAUUAUCAAUUUCCCCCAUGGAGACUUUGUUAUCUUUUCUAAAGCAAUAAUACCAUAUCACGUUUUUCCAUGUGUAACCUUCCCCUUUUCUGCAGCUUAGUAACUCUGUGUAUUUAGUGUUUGAUAACUGCUGCACUUUGUGUUUGAUUUGGAGUUAUAGCUGAAUCUUAAGAACUGUUGCUUCCUUAAUGUCCAAUCUAUGUAGUCCCCUCACAGGACUUGAAUCUGCUGGGAUUAUGUAUUUCCACUUUGUCCCUCAAUAUUCUGACUAAUUUAUUACAAUAAAGCUGAUUUACAUCUACUUAAUUGCUUAAAUUUCACUGCUUCUUAAUGUGUAUUGUAUUCACUA